AUGGCAGAAGCUCCACAGCCCAACUCCACCUUCUUAUACCCAGGCUUCUUCCUACUGACUGGCAUUCCAGGGUUAGGGAGUGCCCAGGCCUGGCUGACACUGGUCUUUGGUCCCAUGUAUAUGCUGGCCCUGCUGGGCAAUGGAACAUUGCUGGCAGUGGUGUGGAUAGACACCACCCUACACCAGCCCAUGUUCCUACUCCUAGCAACACUGGCAGCCACAGACCUGGGCUUAGCCACAUCUAUAGCCCCAGGGCUGCUGCCUGUGCUGUGUCUUGGGCCCCAGCCUGUGCCAUAUGCUGCCUGCCUGGUCCAAAUGUUCUUUGUACAUGCACUAACUGCCAUGGAAUCUGGUGUGCUGUUGGCCAUGGCAUGUGAUCGUGCUGCAGCCGUAGGGCGUCCACUGCACUAUCCUAUCCUAGUCACCAAAGCCCGUGUGGGCUAUGCAGCCCUGGCACUGGUACUGAAAGCUGUGGCUAUUGUUGUACCUUUCCCUCUGCUGGUGGCACGAUUUGGACACUUCCGAGCCAAUACCAUAGGCCAUGCCUACUGUGCACACAUGGCAGUGGUAGAGCUGGUAGUAGGUAAUACACGAGCAAACAACUUGUACGGACUGGCACUUUCACUAGCCAUGUCAGGUUUGGAUAUUCUGGGUAUCACUGGCUCCUAUGGUCUCAUUGUCCAUGCUGUGCUGCAGCUGCCCACCCGGGAGGCCCGUGCCAAGGCCUUUGGCACAUGUAGUUCUCACAUUUGUGUCAUUCUGGCCUUCUAUGUGCCUGGUCUCUUCUCCUACCUCACACACCGCUUUGGCCGUCACACUGUCCCAAAGCCUGUACACAUCCUUCUCUCCAAUAUCUACUUGCUGCUGCCACCUGCCCUCAACCCCCUCAUCUAUGGGGUCCGUACCAAGCAAAUCAGGAACCGGCUCCUAGAAACUUUCACAUUCAGAAAAAGCCAGUUCUAA